CUCGUCAACGAGGCGGCCGUGCGGCGGACGCAAAGAUGCAGAUCUUCGUGAAGACCCUGACGGGGAAGACCAUCACCCUCGAGGUCGAGCCCAGCGACACCAUCGAGAAUGUCAAGGCCAAAAUCCAGGACAAGAGGGCAUCCCGCCUGACCAGCCGCACUCUCUCUGACUACAACAUCCAGAAAGAGUCCACGCUGCACCUGGUGCUGCGCCUUCGGGGCGGCAUCAUCGAGCCAUCCCUCCGCCAGCUGGCCCAGAAGUACAACUGCGAGAAGAUGAUCUGCCGCAAGUGCUACGCCCGCCUGCACCCCCGUGCCGUCAACUGCCGCAAGAAGAAGUGCGGACACACCAACAAUCUGCGCCCCAAGAAGAAGAUCAAUUAAAGGCCCCAUGGGCCGCGCCGUGCUGCGCCUCGCCGCGCCAGCCCUCCUGGGCGCCCCAAACGGGCCCUGCGGCUUCAAUAAAGUUACUCUUU